CAGGGCAGUCAGAAGCGCUGCGUUAGGGAGGCAGAGGCUAAGAACCAAUUCAGAACCAGCCUGGCCUAUAUCUGCCCAGGCCUUUCCUGAGCUACACGUAUAGGGAAUCUCUGUCUUUUAAAAGAAAAACCAAGGACCGAAGCGCCGAGUUGGAGGUGGGCGGUGAAGAGCAGAACUGGGCUUGUAUUCAGGUUCUGGCUUAGGUGAUCCUCUCUACGCCUGCGCUAGUGGAUGGCGGGGGCUACGGAGGAGGUCGUUCUGCAGGGUCCGCCUCACGAGUGGCCAGGCUCCGCCCCCGCCGGUCCCUCCCGGCCCGGUACAGCUGCUUCCGGGCUCGCACGGCUCCGGGAGGCCGCUCCCCGGACGCUGGGCCGCAGAGCUACCCGUAGCGUGCGGCGCCGAGACGCCUGGGUCCCCGGGGAGGCCUGCACUGUGCCUCGCGACUGCCAUCUCCAAGGACGUCUCCGUUCUGACCUUGCGGAGGCCGCGUCUCAGCUGCGCCCUCGCGGGACAGUGGGGCCACUUUGUGGACAGAGAGCCUCCUAAGUUAAGGAAUGUGUGUAACCGCCUGGAGUUCGCUGGACACUUCCACCCCGGCUUCCUCCCACCUGGGACUUCCUGCUCCUUGAGCCCCUCGGGCAGCGCGGUUUAAGGCUCCUCAAAUUCAGGACCGAAGGACUCAGGACCACGUAGCUUCCUUCUUCGAUGGAGCACCAUCUCCCCUUUUGGGGGCACCUUGGGGUAUAGCCUUGGUGAGUGAAACUUAGGGUGCUGACCGCUGGGAAGGAAAUCUGAAGACAGAACGUUGUGGGGGUGAUCCUGGCCUUAUAAGGCCCUGGAAGUCUGUGAGUGUGUGGGGUGGCAGAUGGAUUUCUUUUCCUCUAAACUGACAAGGAGGCUGCGUGAGCUCUUUCUGAAUUCUGAGUUAGGACAUCAGACAUCACCAAGCAGAUACCUAUUCUGAACCAGAACAGAUUCCGGCCUCUGAGGAGAUCCCGAGAAUCUUAAGCAGAGUCAGGAAGCGGUCGCAGAUUUGGGGGUGCUCACUAUACAGUUCAGUCAUGUUCCUGCGAAGGCUUGGUGGCUGGCUGCCUCGACCUUGGGGCCGCAGGAAAUCAACAAAGGCUGGUUUGCCUGCCCCAGAACCCAGAUGGGUGGACAGUUCCCCCGAGAAUUCUGGGAGUGACUGGGACAGUGCCCCAGAGACAAUGGGAGAUGUGGGGCCUCUCAAGAAGACCAAGGACUCAGGGAAACCAAGGAUCCCUGGGGCUGCUCCAGAGUCGAGCAGAGAGGUCCAAGUGGAUCAACCUGGGCGCAGAAGAAAGGAUUCCUUCAAGCGGGGCAAGACUGCCUCUGGCGUUCAAGAGUCUGCGAGACUGGAGGCUGGAGGAGCCGUUCCUAAACUGGAAGGGGGCUCUGUGGAUUUAGGCGGCGUGAAGAACCUUGGAGUGCCACCCCUGGGAGGACUAGGCACUACCGGACCAGAAGCCCUAUUGGAGAAACCUGGUCGCCGGCAGAAGCUCCUGCGUUGGCUCCGGGGGGACCCAGGGGCUCCCCCACAUUACCUGCAGGACCCAGAGGAGUACCUGCAGAUCUCCACCAACCUGACCCUACACCUGCUCGAGCUGCUAGCCUCAGCCCUGCUGGCCCUGUGCUCCAGACCGCUUCGAGCUGUCUUGGACGCUGUGGGCCUCCGAGGACCUGUGGGGCUCUGGCUGCACGGGCUGCUGUGUUUCCUGGCCGCCCUCCAUGGGCUCCACGCUGUGCUGAGCCUGCUUACUGCCCAUCCCCUGCACUUUGCCUGCCUCUUUGGCCUCUUGCAGGCCCUGGUGCUGGCUGUCAGCCUCCGGGAACCUACUGAGGAUGAGGAGAGCACUGAUUUGGAGAGUGAGGGGCAGGGGAGGGAGGUCAAGGAGCCAAGGGAAGGUCCAGGGAGGAUGCUGUGACUGGUGAGGGUGGGGGCAAAGGGUGAGACAGUGCUGUGGCCUUUGGGAGGAAGGUGGGGAAACCCAGAUGUAAGCACAGUGACCUCAGGGACGGGGAGGAGACUCAGGAGCACGAAGACACAGGUGACAGAUUGGGGCUGUUUAGGUGUCCGAGAAGGGACAAUGGGACGUCACCAUUUGAGUCACCAGCAGUUGUUAUUGCUUCCUUUUACAUUUAUCCACCUUUUUUUUAAAAUUACCACCUCGAAUCCCCCCCUCCACUUUUAAAGAGCAAAACAAAUAAAAUAAGAGUGAUGGUGGAGAAUGAAGGCCGAAGGGUCCUUUCCAGUCCCCGGGGUGGGCGGGGCCAGAGGCGGACAGAGAGGUAGUGAGGAGAUCCGUGCUUUCCCUUGGAUCCUAGGGUCAGAGCCACCUAGGGGACUGGGGCUGUGAGGCAGGGAUUGUAGAAGGGGCUCCAGGUGUGGUGGUACUGCAGGGAGGGUCGGGUACUCGGUGAGAUCCCGGAGAGACAGGGAUGGUACAAGCCACAAGGGCGCGAGGACCAGUUCAGAAGGGCUGUGCAGGGCAGCGGGGGCAGCACAGCGCCUCUCAUCUCCGCUCGUGCUAGGGAUUUGCUCACUCAGCAAUAAAGGCGCUACA